AGGCGAGCCCCUUGUGCUCAAUUCCUCCAUGCGUGACCCUCAACCUAGGACCUCUUCGCAGAUUACAUCUUAAACCUCCCCGAGGGUCCCCACUUCCAAUGAGUAAAACGGCGAAGUGUUCUCCCACCCUUGUCCAGGCUUCUUACCCCAGCCUGCUCACCCAGAUCCAACCACGUGCCCAUCUCAGCCAGCCCCCGACCUGCCAGGAUGUCCAGCACCUCCUACUUGUCCCCCUUCUACUUGUUCUCUGUCCCCCUCCGCCGGUCUUACUAGUUUUGGUCUUCUCUGCACAUCCCCGACUUCACACCCCUCCCCCACUGCCCUGCGUCGCCGCCCCCCUUCGCCAGCUCGUAGGGGUCGCCAUUUCCUCGGAGGGUCCUUCUGCUCCUUCUGCGUUAUCUUGGUGUCCUCAUCCCCUGUAACCCGUCCUAAAUAUCUCUCCUGCAAAUAUACCUGCACCCGUUUGUCUCCCACCCCCGACCUUUCAGGCUCUUCACGAAAGCCGGUCACUCUUCAGCCUCCUUCGCUGGGCGAAGCUGAAACUGACAGCCUCAGGUUACUUAGUUAAGCACCGCUCCAGCCAGCCCUCCCAGCCACUUGAGGGCGCUGUCCGCCUUUCGCUGGCACAAAUGUCCUCUAGAAUCUGGGAUGGACGGAAGGGGCGGGUCAAGGCUCGGGGAGCCUGGGUUGGGCGCGUCCAAAAGGCUAGUCCUGGCCGGGAGGGCCGAAGGGGCGAAAGUCUUAGAGACUGUCCUCCGCAACAACCACUUAGAGUAGUGCACGGGCGGGGAGGGCAGAGGGAGGCUAUCCUCUAGUUAGUGCCCCUCGUGGGACCACGUGAUUUAAGAGGUCCCGCCCUCACCCGCCAGAGCCAGGUGUUCGAAUCCUCUCUCCAAAACUGGCGGCGUCUCAGUACCGCCGGCGUGAGGCGCCAAAGAACCAGUCCUGGGGCUUAUGGCGGCGCCGGUCCGCCUGGGCCGGAAACGCCCGCUGCCGGUUUGCCCCAACCCGCUCUUCGUACGGUGGCUGACCGAGUGGCGAGACGAGGCAGCCAGCAGGGGGCGCCGCACGCAAUUCGUGUUUCAGAAGGCGCUGCGCUCCCUCCGGCGUUACCCACUGCCCCUGCGCAGCGGCAAAGAAGCUAAGAUUCUACGGCACUUCGGAGACGGGCUCUGCCGGAUGUUGGAUCAGCGGCUGCAGCAGCACGAAUCAUCCGGCGCAGGCGACCAUGCCCCUGGUUCAUCUGGAGCCAAGAAUCCAGCCCCAGAAAGGUCACCUGCUGAAGUCCAGGACUCUUCCAUGCCAGUUCUGGCCCAGCCUAAGGCGGGAGGCUCUGGCAGUUUCUGGCCAGCUCGGCACUCCGGAGCCCGGGCCAUACUGCUCUUGCUCUAUAGAGAACACCUGAAUCCUGGUGGCCACAGCUUCCUAACCAAGGAGGAGCUGCUGCAGAGGUGGCCCCUGGAAAUGCUCGAACCUGGCCAGCCCUCCGCUCCCUCCUCCACAGGAACCUGGUUCUCAGGACACACCAGCCAGCCAGGUGGGGCCGACUGCAGGGGAUACAGGAGGUACUCAUUGACCUCGGAGGGUCUGGAGCUGGCCCAGAAGCUGGCCGAGUCAGAGGCCCUGAGCUCACUGAAUGUGGGCAUCGGGCCAGAGGAGCCCUCUGCAGCGGCGCCAGAAGUGCCAGGAUUGGUUUCAGCUGAGCUUGGCGCCAGCGAAGGCAGUGUCCAGCAGCAGCUGCUGGAGCUGAGGCCUGGAGAGUACAGGGUGCUGUUGUGUGUGGACAUAGGCGAGACCAAGGGGGCAGGGCACAGACCAGAGCUGAUCCGCCAGCUGCAGCGGCUGCACGUGGCCCACAUGGUGCGCAAGCUGCACGUCGGGGACUUCGUGUGGGUGGCACAAGAGACCAGGCCCAGAGACCCGGCGCGACCUGGGGAACUAGUCCUGGACCACAUCGUGGAGCGCAAGCGGAUGGAUGACUUGUGCAGCAGCAUCAUUGAUGGCCGCUUCCGGGAGCAAAAGUUCCGGCUGAAGCGCUGUGGCCUGGGGCACAGAGUGUACCUGGUGGAGGAGCAUGGCUCAGUGCACAACCUCAGCCUUCCUGAGAGCACACUACUGCAGGCUGUCACCAACACUCAGGUCAUCGAUGGCUUCUUUGUGAAGCGUACAGCAGACAUUAAAGAGUCAGCUGCCUACCUGGCCCUCUUGACACGGGGCCUGGAGAGACUCUACCAGGUGAGCAGGUGCGCCUUUCUGGCACUGUUCCCUUAUUUGGGCCCUGCCUUCCCUAAGGAAGUCAAGGGCCACACGCUAUGCAGUCGCCCCUGGGGAACCCCAGGGGACCCUGUAUCGGGGUCUGGGCCCUCCCCAAACCCUCUCUGCUCACUCCUCACCUUCAGUGACUUCAACGCUGGAGCCAUCAAGAACAAGGCCCAGUCCGUGAGGGAGGUCUUUGCCCGGCAGCUGAUGCAAGUGCGAGGAGUGAGUGGGGAGAAGGCAGCAGCCCUGGUGGAUCGGUACAGCACCCCCGCCAGUUGCUCAGAUGGGCCAGCAUUCAGCCAUUGUCAGGCCUUAGAAACUCAAACACCCCCCUCCACCUCCAGUCUGCUGGCCGCCUACGAUGCCUGUGCCACCCCCAAGGAACAGGAGAUGCUGCUGAGCACUGUCAAGUGUGGGCGACUGCAGAGGAAUCUGGGGCCCGCUCUGAGCAGGACUUUGUCCCAGCUCUACUGCAGCUACAGCCCCCUGACCUGAACUGUGUCACAAGACAGACCCUAACUCUCACCUUCCUUCAUUAGCUAGCCUUUUAACCAGAAUCUUAUGGGCUAUAAUAAAAAUCUACAUGUUUGCA